CUGCAUAAACAGUAGAAAAGCGGCGAUCCCAUACUAAUGCGUAUGUGUCACCAUGGUUGUCAAUGGUUGUCACCACACGGAUGGGCAGAAUUCAAUGGGUUAGUUUCGAUAGUUUUUCGAAAAUAUCUCGAAUACUAUAGUCGAACGGCGGUUAUAUGUGUAGGAAAAAGUUGUUAAAAAUGUAGAUUGCUACAACAUAUUUAAAAAUCGUCGAAAUCGGAGGUGCCGUUCGUAAUCGAGCCGAUAACGUAGAAAUCACGAGAGCAGCCGAACGAAGAGCUCACAAAGGCACGUGUGCCAACAGCGUUGUGUUAGAUAAAACAACUGAAGUAGGGGAGUCACUGGGACAUCGUGGAGAGGCUAAAGAUUUGGUCCACGACGCACGGUUCAGGUUCUGGCAUCACUGAUAGUCCAGUCUUCUUGCAUCUAUAGUCACUGCACUGAGUCACUAAUAUAUGCAAGAAAAAAUGGAUAAAUUGCUGGGUUUAUUACAUGAAAAAAUACUUGCUGUAGAUAAGUAUGAAGAUGUAUUUAAUGAUUUCAAAACUUUACAUGCAGAUGAGGAACGUGUAAGGUUUUUUCUUAAGCUUAUGCUAGAAUAUGGUAUGAUUCCUCAAAUAUGUCCAGAUAGAAAAAAUGUAAGGAAAUCUACAGAAUUAAGAGAACAAGGAAAUGAAAAAUUUAUGUCAAAAUCAUUAACAAGCUCUCUGUGUAUCGAUGCACUAAAACUGUAUACAAAAAGUAUAGCAUAUGCACCUUGUACAUCUGAACAACUUGCUUUGGCGUAUGCGAAUAGAUCUGCUGUUCUAAAAAAAAUACACAAAUACAAAGAAUGUAUUCAAGACAUAGAUAGAGCCUUAGCUUUACCAUAUCCAAAUAAUUCAAGAAGUAUAUUAUAUUUAAGAAAAAUUGAGUGUUCAAGUAUAUUAAAAUAUCCCAACACAGAAGAUACUAUUAAGGAAGCACAAAAUUGGCUAGACAGGCUGUCCUUGAAUGAUGUUGGUCAUAAAAAAAUGAAUAAUAUGUUCAUUUCUGCCAAAAAAAUAUCAGUAUCAAAUAUAUCAAAAAAACGAAGUAUCGUAAAACAAUCACCUUUGCCUGAAUUGAAAAUAUGCAACUCUGAAGUUUCUUGUGCCUCUGAUGCAAUAACUAUAAAAUAUAAUGAAAAAUAUGGCAGACACAUUGUAGCUACUCGUGACAUAAAUAUUGGUGAAAUAAUUGCUGUAGAAAAACCUUAUUUGCUAAUGUUAAGUCCUAACAAUUUACAGACGCAUUGUUCAAAUUGCUUGGAAGUAUGCUGGGCUAAUAUACCUUGUAACUAUUGUACAUAUGCUAUGUAUUGUUCAGAAGAAUGUAAAGCUUCGGACUGGAAAAAAUAUCAUGACAUAGAAUGUAAGGUAUUUCCUUACUUUUUUAAAAUGAAUUUUAUGGAACGUCAUCAGUAUAGUGUAAGACUUGCUAUUCAGGCAGUAAGAGAGAGUAAUAAUAUACAGAACUUAAGAGAAGAACUAAAAGAAGUUGAAAAUUGUGAUAAUCCUCGUACAAAGGGUUUUUCAAAAAAUGGUACAUUUGAAAGUGAUGCAUACAGAAGUGUAUUAAGUUUGGUUACUCACGUUGAAAAACUAUCAUUAGAAGAUCUCUUUACAAGAUCCGCAGAAGCUAGUUUUAUAUCGUAUUACCUAGCAACAAGUACUGAUAUAUUUGGAAGUUCACUGAAAGAUUUAUCUGAAUUAAUAGAAAACAAUGAUGCUAUCUUUGUUGGGGGGCUCAUUCUAAGGCAUCUGCAGUUGAUCCCUCUUAAUACUCAUUCUUUUACGGAGGAACAUGAAAUCGCUUCGGAAGACCGUGGUGGAGCACUUAUGCCAUUUCUUAGUCUGUUUAAUCACAGUUGCAACCCAAACAUUCUAAGAGUUUCAAGGACUGCGCAUAUAAUUGCUUAUGCAAUGUAUCCUAUCAAGAAGGAUGAACAGAUAUUUGAUCACUAUGGUCCAUUAUAUUCAAUGGUACCAAAAUUUACGAGACGCUUGGAACUUCUAAUACGCUACUUCUUCACUUGCGAUUGUGUAGCUUGUGUGGAAGACUGGCCAGAAUUUCAUGAAUUAAUGUUAUCUAAGGAAUCCAGUUUAGGAAUAGCUCUUCGCACGUUGCCAAAUUAUCCUAAAUAUCGCCGUAUGGCGGAAGAAGGAAAUGUAUUUAAUCAACAUAUGAUAGAUGACUUGUUACAAAUGUUUGAACGAGUAUAUAAAGCGGUACGAAUGCCUCACUGCACAAUAACCGAGAUAUCAGCAAUUCUUAAACGCGUCUAUUGCUUAAGUGGAAACAGAUUUGAUAUUCCUGAACUAUAAUAUGCAUCAAACGCGCCCACGUAAUGUCAUGUUAAUUUCAAGAUUGAUUAUUCAACGUAUAUUCUAUUGUUCUUAUCUUACAAAUAGACAGCUGAUUAUUAAGAACAAAGUAUCACAUUGUGUUCGCAGAAUUUGAAUUUAGACAGAAACUGUUAAUUACACAUUUAUUAAUUUGUAAAUUUUAAAACAUUUUAUCAUUAAUAUUCUAUUAUUUGUAAA